CACUUAAUUUGAUACUUGAUUUAAAUUAUGAAGAUGAAUUUAUCAAUAUAGUUAAUGACUUUAUUGCUUGUAAAAAAAGUAAUAUUGAUAAUCCAAACAAUGAAGAAAAAAAUUUAUAUAUUUCAGACCCCUUGGUUCAAAAACAACAUAGAUAUCAAUUAAACAAGCAUAUUAAAUCAAUAUUAAAAAAGAGAUCACAUUAUAGUAGUUCCAGAAAUAGUGCUAUUAAUUCACAAGAUCUCAAUUUGUAUAUUACUAAUAAAGAAAAUAAAAGUUUGAAUUCUGUGUCUCAUAAACAAUUUGAUGCUAGUAAUACUCUCAAUGAAAAAAAUAAUAACAAUUUUGAUAGAUCAUUUAUUGUGAAUGAAAAUAUUGCCAAAUGUAGAUAUGUAUACAAGGCAUAUGGUAAAUCUGGUUAUAAUAUUCAAAAAUGUAAAUCUAAAGA